AUGGUCAAAGAGACUGGUUCUGCAAACGGAACCAAACACGUUGGAACGUACAACGUGACGCCAGUUCAUGCCGAACAGAGCGCCGCUCAGAGUGUUCUUGGUUCCCCAGGAAUCGAGGCGCCCCCCAGCGCCAAAGCCUGCGUCGCCCUCGUUUUCAUCACCACGGAUUGGGUCUUUCUCAUCUUCGCGCUCUGCGUUCUCGGCCCCACGCAUGGAGCGAACAAGCUCCAAUUCGGAAACGUAUCGGCCGCGAGAGGUCAGUAUCGGCCGCGGUUCUGCAAAAGGGCUGCUCUCGAGCGCUACGGCAAGCACGUCGAAUAUCGCGGCCAUGGGUCACAUCUCGAUAUCUGA